GGGUAUUUUGCCUAUGAAUCCUAGGAAUAUGAUGAACCACUCCCAGGUUGGUCAGGGCAUUGGAAUUCCUAGCAGGACAAAUAGCAUGAGCAGUUCAGGGUUAGGUAGCCCCAACAGAAGCUCGCCAAGCAUAAUAUGUAUGCCAAAGCAGCAGCCUUCUCGACAGCCUUUUACUGUGAACAGUAUGUCUGGAUUUGGAAUGAACAGGAAUCAGGCAUUUGGAAUGAAUAACUCCUUAUCAAGUAACAUUUUUAAUGGAACAGAUGGCAGUGAAAAUGUGACAGGAUUGGACCUUUCAGAUUUCCCAGCAUUAGCAGACCGAAAUAGAAGGGAAGGAAGUGGUAACCCAACUCCGUUAAUAAACCCCUUGGCUGGAAGAGCACCUUACGUCGGAAUGGUAACAAAACCUGCAAAUGAGCAAUCCCAGGACUUCUCAAUACACAAUGAAGACUUUCCAGCAUUACCUGGUUCCAGCUAUAAAGACCCAACGUCGAGUAAUGAUGACAGCAAAUCUAAUUUGAAUACAUCGGGGAAGACGACUUCAAGUACAGAUGGGCCCAAAUUCCCUGGAGAUAAAAGUUCAACGACACAAAACAAUAAUCAGCAGAAAAAGGGGAUCCAGGUGUUACCUGAUGGCCGAGUUACUAACAUUCCUCAAGGGAUGGUGACGGACCAAUUUGGAAUGAUUGGCCUGUUAACAUUUAUCAGGGCAGCAGAGACAGACCCAGGAAUGGUACAUCUCGCUUUAGGAAGUGACUUAACAACAUUAGGCCUCAAUCUGAACUCUCCUGAAAAUCUCUAUCCCAAAUUUGCAUCACCCUGGGCAUCUUCACCUUGUCGACCUCAGGACAUAGAUUUCCAUGUUCCAUCUGAAUAUUUAACGAACAUUCACAUUAGGGAUAAGCUGGCUGCAAUCAAGCUUGGCCGAUAUGGAGAAGACCUCCUCUUCUAUCUCUAUUACAUGAAUGGAGGAGAUGUGUUACAACUCUUAGCUGCAGUAGAGCUUUUUAACCGUGAUUGGAGAUACCACAAAGAAGAACGGGUGUGGAUUACCAGAGCACCAGGCAUGGAGCCAACGAUGAAAACCAACACAUACGAGAGGGGAACAUACUACUUCUUUGACUGUCUUAACUGGAGGAAAGUAGCUAAGGAGUUCCAUCUGGAAUAUGACAAAUUAGAAGAACGGCCUCACCUGCCAUCCACCUUCAACUAUAACCCUGCUCAGCAAGCCUUCUAAAAGACUUCCCUUUUCUUGGGGUAUGGCUGUCUCAGCACAGUACUCGACAGAUCCGCAGAACUGAUGUGGCUCAGGCACCCUGGUUUUAAUUCCUUGAGGAUCUGGCAAUUGGCUUACGUAAAGGGUCACCAUUUGAGGUCCUGCCUUACCAAUUAUGUGCUGCCCAACAACUAAAUUUGUAAUUUGUUUUCUCUAGUUUGAGCAGGGUCUGAAUUUUUUCGUUUAUUUUCUUUUUGCCAGCAGACAGACUUGGGUCUAUAAAGACAAGCAAGUACACUGACAGAAGUUACCAUUUAGUUUCUUAAAUGUAAAAAAGAAAACCCACAAAAGACUCAACAAAAUUAGACCACAAAAUUUGCAUUGUUCAUUGUAGCACUAUUGGUAAUAAAAUAACAAAUGUUUGUGCAUUUUUAUGUGAAGAUCCUUCUCGUAUUUCAUGUGGAAAGAUGAGCAAGGUCUGCUUCUUUCAUUUUACUUCCCCUUCUGUUUCUGAAAGGCAGUUUCGCCAGGCUUAAUGCAAGAAUCUGACUGUAGAAGACAGAGAUUGCCACAGUCUCUGGAUGGUUUCCAGGGCUGUGUUGUUACUGAGCUUCAUCUUCCCAGAAUGAGCAAAACACUGUCCAGUCUUUGUUACGAUUUUGUAAUAAAUGUGUACAUUUUUUUUAAAUUUUGGACAUCACAUGAAUAAAGGUAUGUAUGUACGAAUGUGUAUAUAUUAUAUAUAUGACAUCUAUUUUGGAAAAUGUUUGCCCUGCUGUACCUCAUUUUUAGGAGGUGUGCAUGGAUGCAAUAUAUGAAAAUGGGACAUUCUGGAACUGCUGGUCAGGGGACUUUGUCGCCCUGUGCACUAAAGGGCCAGAUUUUCAGCAGCCAAGGACAUCCAUACCCAAGUGAAUGUGAUGGGACUUCAAGACGUGAACUAAGACAAUUCACUCUGGCUGUUUGAACAGCAGCGUUUCAUAGGAAGAGAAAAAAGAUCAAUCUUGUAUUUUCUGACCACAUAAAGGCUUCUUCUCUUUGUAAUAAAGUAGAAAAGCUCUCCUCA